AUGACAGCAGAGGAGACAAUCAACAUCAAGGAGGUAGAGGUGAUCAAGCUGAUCCUGGAUUUCCUCAACUCCAAGAAGCUGCACAUCAGCAUGCUGGCCUUAGAGAAGGAGAGUGGCGUCAUUAAUGGACUAUACUCUGAUGACAUGCUCUUCCUCAGGCAACUCAUUCUGGACGGCCAGUGGGAGGAGGUGAUGCAGUUUAUUCAGCCUUUAGAAGGAAUGGACAAGUUUGACAAGAAAAGGUUCCGCUACAUCAUUCUGAGGCAGAAGUUUCUGGAAGCUCUAUGUGUAAAUAACGCCAUGUCUGCUGCUGAAGACCCUCAGAAUCUGGAACUCACCAUGAGAGAGGCAGUCAAGUGCCUCCACAGUCUGGAGGAGUUGUGUCCAUCCAAAGACGACUACAGCAAGCUGUGUCUCCUCCUCACGCUGCCACGCCUCACCCACCACGCUGAGUUCAAAGAUUGGAACCCGAGCACGGCACGCGUCCACUGCUUCGACGAGGCCUGCACUAUGGUAGCUGAGUUCAUUCCAGCGGAUAGGAAGCUGAGCGAGGCAGGCUUCAGGGCGAGCGGGAACCGUCUCUUCCAGCUGCUGAUCAAAGGGAUCCUUUAUGAGUGCUGUGUUGAGUUCUGUCAGAGUAAAGCAACUGGUGAGGAGAUCACAGAGGGCGAGGUGUUGCUCGGCGUGGAUGUGCUCUGUGGGAAUGGCUGUGAUGAACUGGAUUUGUCACUGCUCUCAUGGCUGCAAAACCUCUCCCCUGGUGCAUUCUCAUGCGCCUUCCAGCAGAAAACCCUCAACAUCCACGUGGACCGGCUGGUGAAGCCCAGCAAGGCCGGCCUUGCCGACCUCCUCACGCCCUUAAUCAACCGCCUGUCCCCCUGCCCUACCUCACCCUUCCACCAGAGGCCUCAUUCAGCCGACACCUACAUGUCCAGGUCCCUGAACCCAGCUCUGGAUGGCCUGUCCCAUGGCCUGGCAGCCCAUGAUAAGAGAGGGAUGGAGGCCAACGUAAAAUCUACCCUCAGUCGGAGCCUAGUGGAAAAUAAUGUGCAUCAGCAGGAUGAUUCACCUGAGAGGUACCAGUCAAACCUGAAGCAUCCACAGGGGCUGGAUGGCCCCAACACCACACGCACCCCUCUGACUCCUGGAAGAGAUGGUGGAACAGCCUGCAGCACAGAAACAAAUGAGCACAUACAGGAGUAUUACAGGCAGCGCCUCCGCGUGCAGCAGCACCUGGAGCAGAAGCAGCAGCAGCGGCAGCUUUACCAGCAGAUGCUGCUGGAGGGAGGAGUGAAGCCUCAGGACGGAGCCCAACACGGCCUCACUGAGACCUUCCUCAGCAGAUCCAUUCAGAAGUUGGAGGAGAUGAAUGUGGGCAUCGACCACCGAGGAGAUGAGGUGAUGACACAGCUGGGCCAGCAGUGCAACGGAGUAAGGAAUAACAGCAGCACUUCUAGUCCCAGGACUUCCAACACCCGCGAAACACCAGAAACUGGACUUCAGAAGGAAAAGCUAGGUAGUGUAAGCAGCAGCACCCCAUUAAGGACCGGGAACCAAGGCUUGCCUUCCCUCGGCGAGUCCCCGGUUUCUGCCAGUCAGAGUGUUGUACAGCAAGGGAAGUCCAAGACACAGUUUGUCAAAGUGAGCACACUUGAGGACACACAGGCAGUGCGUGCAGUGGCCUUCCAUCCCUCUGGAUCACUCUAUGCUGUCGGCUCCAACUCCAAAACCCUGAGAGUGUGUGCCAACCCCGAUACACUGACUGCCAGUGGUACAGGUGCAGUCAAGCAGCCGGUGGUGCGCUUCAGGAGGAACAAACACCACAAGGGCUCAAUCUACUGCGUAGCGUGGAGCCACUGUGGACAGCUGUUGGCCACCGGCUCCAAUGAUAAAUACGUUAAGGUCCUGCCUUUCAAUGCAGACAGCUGCAAUGCCACAGGCCCAGAUCUGGAGUUCAGCAUGCAUGAUGGUACCAUCAGGGACCUGGCCUUCAUGGAGGGCCCUGAGAGUGGAGGAUCCAUAUUGAUCAGUGCCGGGGCCGGAGACUGCAACAUCUACACCACUGACUGUCAGAGAGGACAAGGACUUCACGCCCUGAGUGGACACACCGGUCACAUUCUGACUCUGUAUACAUGGGGAGGCUGGAUGAUCGCCUCUGGCUCCCAGGACAAGACUGUCCGUUUCUGGGACCUGCGUGUGCCCAGCUGUGUGCGUGUGGUGGGAACAACCCUGCAUGGCUCAGGAAGUGCAGUGGCAUCAGUGGCAGUGGAUCCCAGCGGCCGCCUGCUGGCCACGGGUCAGGAGGACAGUACCUGCAUGUUGUACGACAUCAGAGGAGGCCGCAUAGUCCAGACAUACUGUCCCCACAGCAGUGACAUCCGCUCAGUGCGCUUCUCACCCGGAGCCCAUCAUCUCCUCACUGGAUCCUACGACAACAAAAUCAUCAUCAGUGACUUGCAAGGUGACCUCACAAAGCCACUCCCUCAGACAGUGGCAGGGGAACACUGGGACAAGGUGAUCCAGUGUAGGUGGCACCCCCAUGACCGAACCUUCCUGUCCUCCUCUGCGGAUCGAACUGUGGUCCUAUGGGCACCAAGCUCCUGA